AUGGAGUUGCAAGUUCUACUUGCUGCCCUAGUGGUAGUUUUUAUUCUUUACUUCUUCUUGCGGCCUGAAGCAGGCCUACGGUUACCCCCCGGUCCAAAAGGAAAGCCCAUAAUCGGAAAUUUGUUGGAUCUACCUGCUGCAGGAAAGCAAGAAUGGCAGCACUGGCUCAAGCACAAAGAGCUUUACGGGCCUUUGAGUUCGAUUUCGAUAUUUGGGACCACCCUGGUGAUCAUCAACGAUCGCAAACUGGCUGUUGAGAUCUUGGAAAAGCGAUCUGCUAAGCACUCAUCUCGACCUAAUCUGGUGUUUGCAGAUGAAAUAGUUGGAUGGGGCAAAGCGCCCUCAAGUCAAGACAACACAAGUCUCUUACGCUUAUAUCGCAAGGCUAUGGCGCGUAUCAUUGGAUCUCGCAGCUCCAUGUCCAAAUUCGACGAUAUGCUGGAGGUUGAAGCGCAACGUUUCCUUUGGCGUGUGCUUAACCACCCGAAAGAAUUCGUGAAGCACACUAGAACUGCCGCCGGUGCUUUCAUAUUGAAAAUCACUUAUGGAUACAACAUUGAGCCGCACCAUGACGAUCCUCUCGUCAACUUGGCUGAUCUGGCACUUCAACAAUUUUCAGCCUCUGUCGUUCCUGGUGCUUGGUUGGUUGAUAUGGUACCGGCAUUGAAGCAUCUCCCGGAGUGGGCUCCAGGGGCCGCGUUCAAGAAGACGGCUCGUUUUUACUCUCACACUCUGAGACGUCUUGUUGAAGAGCCAUUUGCAUUCACUAAAUCGCAGAUGGUGCAAGAAGAGCAUCACAAUUCAUUUACUGCAAACCUCCUCCGGCAAGGAGAAGACGAAGAAAUCGUGAAAUGGUCAUCGGUCGCACUUUACAGUGCUGGGGCAGAUACGACUGUUUCGGCCCUGAAGGGUUUCUAUCUUGCAAUGAUGCUUCACCCAGAUGUUCAGCGAAAAGCACAGGCUGAACUUGAUCAAGUCCUUGGAGUCAACGUUUUCCCUUCAGUUGCAGACAGAGACAGGUUGCCGUACAUUAACGCCGUUGUGAAAGAGGCUCUUCGUUGGCACACGGUUGCACCUCUUGGCUUGCCUCACAAGACUGACCAGGAUGAUGUGAUUGAUGGUUAUCUGAUACCAAAGGGAGCAUUAUUGCUUGCGAACAUCUGGUCCUACAACAAUGACCCUGAGGUUUAUAAGGACCCUUCAGUGUUCAGCCCUGAGCGAUUUUUGGACGACUCAGCUUCCAACUCUGCCCCCGAUCCAUAUGAUGUGAGCUUCGGAUUCGGACGACGCAUAUGCCCUGGUCGUCUAGUCGCAGAUAUCUCCCUUUUCCUUACUAUAUCUCACACCCUCGCUGUUUUCAACAUCACAAAGCCAAUCAACGAAGACGGUCAGGAGGUUAAGUCCUCUGUCGACUUCACACCAGGCAUCAUCAGUCACCCUGAGGAUUAUGAGUGCGUGUUUUCACCGCGAAGCACUGGGCACCGGGAACUUGUGCUUGAGUUUGAGCGGAAACAUCCCUUUGAGAAGGGCGACGCUCCCUACCUAAAAGAAGUUUUGGAGGAAAGAAAGUCGUUUGCCUGA